GGUUGCUAGGAUAAACUCUUUCUGUAUUGUUCUCGUUUAAAAUAAGACUUCACUUAGAUGUAUCUAAAGUUUACUAAAUUAGUGACUGGGAUCUCUUUGUAAUAUAGCCCGCUCAUAGAAACAUUUAAAUUUUGAAAACAUGGACCUGUCAACUGAUUUCAGAGAUAGAAAAAUGAAUAUAAUGAGAGCUUCUAAAUUAGAAAAUAUACCUUAUGAAGAACUUGCAAAGUUUGUAAAUGGCAGAUUGGUAACUAUGGAAAAUAGUUUAGCUAAAAUAUGUUCAGCAUUUUCUGUUUACAUCAAGAAAAUGUCAAGCUUACGGAAUGCAACUGAUGACCUAGCUGUAUUGUUCCAUGAAUAUGCUUCUGAAGAAAAAAUUAAUAAAAGCCUGAAAGGACGUAUUCUUCAGUUUUCAGAAUUAUUAGCGUCAGUGGGUGACAGUAGGGACAUUGAAGUAAAGCAGUUGGAUUCACAAAUACUGAAGGAUCUAUGUCAUUAUGAAACAUUCUGUCAUAAUGCCAAAGCAGAAGUCAGAACUAUUAUGAGUUUGAAAGAAAAGGAGAUGAACAAGCAUAAACAACUCCAGAAGCUAAGGAAUAGGAAUCCUUACAAAAGGGAAGACAUUAUAAGAGCUGAAGCUUCACUCUCAACUGUAAUGAGUAGCAUAUCAAGAUCAUUGAAGGAGCUUGAGGAACAUAUUCAUCAGUUUGAACAGAAAAAAAUUGAGGACAUCAAGUCAUUAUUGUUGAAAUUUAUUACAAUAGAACUGGCACAACAUAGUAAUGCUAUUCAACUUUUCACUGAGUCCUUCAAUGAAAUCAAGAAGAUUGAUGUUUCAAGUGAUUUGCAUGAGUUUGAAGUAAUGAUGAAAAAGAGCAUAGAAGAAAAUUCUCAGAAGAGAACAAUGAGCAUGUGCAAACAUCAGGAUAGUCCAGUUCUUAAUACUCCUCUCGACAAUAGCAAAAGUGAAGACACAAGUAGUCAAUUAAAUCAAAAAUAUGAAACAAAAUGGCAGAGUACAAGCAUGGAGGCAACUCAAAGUGAUACAGACUAUUCAUCCUCUGAGUCAUACCAGAAUAUGGAAAAGAAUGAAAGUGCCAAUUCAUAAAAGAUAAGCAUACAUCUACGAUCAAUUUUAUUGCAUUUUAAAAGAAGCCCUCUGUAUAUAAAG